AUGGCUAAGCAAUCAAUAUCCAGCAACAAUGGUCCUGUCAGCCGAAUCCGCGGCGUUUCCAUUUCCCUCAUCAAUGCAAAUCCUCAAUUGGGCGUAUGGCAGGCUGCAGGCACAGCCAUAGCUCAGGCACCAACCCUCGGAGAGCUCCGUGACUCUGAAUCGGGAGGCACCAAUAUUGCUUUCAACGCUCAAGGUCACUCAGCUCGAUUUGCCGUGCAAGAGCCCGACGGCGAGUUGGCGUUGGCGACGUCCAAUGCGAAGCGGCCAAUCUUUUCAACCUCUAUAUUCAACGAGGUGCUGGUCGAUACGAUCGAAAGUCCCACAGAAGCCAUCACACGCGGAGCACCUGUCAGGCCGUUAGAGGAGGAUCGUCGCCACGGCCACCACCGGCGACGCAGUCUGUAUGAGCGGCACAAAGGUGAUGCGAAGGAGAGAUGGAAAAUGACGCUGUCUCACGGGUUGAAUGCCUUUUGGAAGUUCUUCAAAACACCUUCUGGCUUCCUUAUUAGUAUUUAUUUUGUCAACAUUGUUGCUUGGGGAGCCAUGCUCUUCUUCCUUCUCCUCAAGGCUGCUCCAGCCAUGAAUCACCCCAGCGCUGACGAUGAUGACUCGCCCCGCAAGAAAUGGCUGGAAAUUGACAGUCAGAUCCUCAACGCCCUCUUUUGUGUAACCGGUUUUGGCCUCGCGCCCUGGCGCUUCCGUGAUCUGUACCUAUUUGUGGGCGCUGUUCGCUUCAAGAACCGAACCGCAAUGAGAAGGCUGGCCGAGCAGAACAAAUCCUGGUUCCGUCCGCCGCCGACUUGGCUGGAUGAAAAUGAGAGAGAGGCGGUGACAGUAAUGAAGUCAGAUGCUAUUGUACACACCACAACUUUCACGGGCGAGAAGGCACCACCAACUCCACUGUGGAAAUUGGGUUUUGCCAUCUGGAUGAUGGUGCUGAACACGCUUCUGCAAGCCAUCCUAUGCUACUACAUGUGGGGAUAUAAUAGGAUUGACAGACCUAUAUGGGCUACUGGGACUUUCAUUGCCUGCGGGUGCUGUGUCGCGAUGUUUGCGGGCCUGAUGUCGUGGUGGGAAGGACGUAAAGUGAAGAAGAUUGAAGGACCACUGGUAGAAAUCGUCGAUGGAGCAGUUUGA